AUGUUCUCAUCACCAAAUGAGUCAAAGGCUCUGUGUGACUACCUCGCAAUAGAGGAGGAGUUGGACUUUGGUAGCGAUACCAGUGUCCGCGGUGAUACAGGGACAAUGUCCGGCUCACUGAUGCCUGAGGCACAACCUUCGAACAUCCCAAAUCCGUUCGCUGAACGUGGAGGUGCGAGCGCGCCACCAGCGCAGCAUGCAGCAUCUGGAUCUGAUGAGACUAUCAUCACGAACCCGCUCGAUGAGCAACAACAACUGCUUGUCCAAAGAGAAGAAAACGCUCAGCGUUAUUUACAAAUGGCUGCAACCCCUGAACGCCAGCGUGACUAUGUGUUCACCCCACCCAGUGUGGAGAAACGUCUACGUCAAGCGGCCGGCCAAACAUUGGCAACGUGGGUUAUUGGCCAUGGGCCUAAGACUUUUGAGGAGGUGGUGAGCUGCCAGGCACUUCGUGAGAGGUUCCUGGAGCCGCACCUAACGACUCAAAGUCAAUACAAGGCACGCCUUGACAUGCAAGCACGUGGUGCACCAGUUCCACCGAUCAAGGGUAUACCCAUUCUCUUGCUCGCAGGCGAAACAGUGAGCGAAGAAGACGAUGCCUUCGUUCACUGGGUGCACUAUGUGCGUCGCCUCAGCAACAUUUUUGCUCUAAGGGCCAGUGCCCAUGCGGCGGACGUGCGUCUCGAACGCAAGCUUCAGUAUGAUUAUGCCAAGCUUAAGGCCAGAGGCCAAUUGCGCAAGCGCACGCGCUAUGCUUCGGCUACUAAGGUAGCCGCGAGUGCUGGUCAGUCUGUGGCCAACAACCCGCCAACCCGCACCACUAGUGGUGGGGAACGGCCUCGGUCUCGUAAUGACCAUGGCCACGAUGCUCAAAAGCAUCCAAAGCAUAUGGGCAGUCUUGCCGAAGAGGGGUACCUCAAAUUCCCAUGA